AGGAGGAGGUGGAGGAGGCAACCGGGACGCCGUCAUGGAGAUCCUGGACUCGAGUGAAAGCUUCCUGCACUGGGACCGCAACCUCAGCGAGCUGUCCGAGGCCGGAGACAUGGACUGUGCCCUCUACACAAACCACUUCUCGGAGCUUCUGGACGACCUCUCGCACGACGCUCUGCUGGGCCAGCUGCUGAGCGACCCCUUCCUGUCGGGGGUACGAGGCGGCGCCGGAGGCUCGGGGGCGGACGACGAGGAAGGCGACGGCGACCUGUGCCCGUCGUCGCCGCCGCCGCCGCACAUCGCCGCAGAGCACAGCUACUCGCUGUGCGGCGACAGCAGGCCGCAGUCGCCGCUUUCGCACCUGACCGGGGAGCGUGGCAGCGAUGCAGAAUCCGAAGGCGACUCGACCGAGUGGCCCAUGGAGCAGGACGACGGAAUGGAGGCUCUCCUGUGCGACGCGCCCUCCCUCCUGCCCGCCCUGGCCCUCGCCUUGGGCUCCGCCGCCGAGGUCCCCCAAGACGCCGCCAGCCCUGCUCAGAGCGCUCGCAGCCAGGAGAAAAGCGUCAAGGUCAAGGAGGAGAAGGUCUUCCCCCAGAUUAAACUGGAACCGCACGAAGUGGAUCAGUUUCUCAAUUUGUCCCCGAAAGGUCUGCAGAUGCCCCCCACCCCGCCCAGCUCGCACGGCAGCGACUCGGAGGGCGGCGGCCAGAGCCCCGUGCGCGGCCCCACCUCGCCCAGCAGCCCUGCGCCGGCGCAGCCCGGUCUCAAGGCGCCCGCCCGCGGCGGCUCUUCCUCCUCCUCGCUGUCCAACUCACCGCUGCUCACCGCUGCCCACAAACUUCAGGGCUCGGGACCUCUGAUGCUGACAGAGGAGGAGCGCCGCACGCUGGUGGCUGAAGGCUACCCGGUUCCCACCAAGCUGCCACUCACAAAAGCUGAGGAGAAAGCGCUCAAGAAGAUCCGCCGGAAGAUCAAAAAUAAGAUUUCCGCUCAGGAGAGUCGCCGGAAGAAGAAGGAGUACAUGGACACCUUGGAGAAGAAGGUGGAGACAUGCUCCAACGAAAACAACGACCUUAGGAGGAAAAUGGACACGCUGGAGUGCACCAACAAGUCUCUGCUGCAGCAGCUGCAGGCCCUGCAGGCUUCGCUGUCCGGAAAAGUGUCCAGGUCGUGUCGUGCGGUGGGCACGCAGACGUCGUCCUGCCUAAUGGUGGUGGUCUUGUGUUUUGCCCUCUUUUUGGGAAGUUUCUACCCGACCGGCCUCACCUCCGGCGCCGGCCCAGUCGCCGGCGGAGGCCAACUGGCGGUCAAAGAGUCGUACGCAGCAACAGUCAAAUCGAGAAGUCUGUUGUCCACCUCGGAGGACGAGCCGCUGCACCUGCUGGGCCUGGGUGGCGACUACCCCGACCGAUGGGAGGACGCCGACGUCACCGUGGUCAUGGCGGCGUGGCGGCGUUCGGGCGAGCAGCAGAAAAUGGCGGCGGAGGAGCCCGACUGGGCCGAGACGCGCCCGCCGCCGUUCAGGAGUCAAAGCAACAAAACCAGCUCGUCAAACAGCAGGUACAGGCCUCUGGAGCAGAGGGCGAAAAGCAUGGCGGUGGAGCGAAGCGUCAACGAGACCUCCUGAGGGACCCCCCCAGGGUUCGGCGUCCUUGAACAAAGCUCCCUCCCACUGGCCACGGCUGAGUCGCUGGGCUCCUUUCACCAAGUAAACGUGCACUGACUUGUUGAACUUGAUCGGCAUGCGCAUCCUGGCAAAUUCCCUUUCACCAUGAAUCAUGUCGCAUCUGUGGACAAAACAAGAGGGGACACGGCCAAGAAUAUAUUUAUAUUUUUCUUUUUUUUCCCCCGCCAAAGAUUAUUGCUCUCUUUUAUUAUUUGGUGUUUUUAUUCCAUUCCAGUGCCGUUCGUGUACAUCCUUUUUGAUAUUUGUCUUUAUUUUUUAUUUUAAUUAGUUCCUCGUUCAUAUCUUGUUUAUACGAUGACCAAAAUGUGCCUUUUUUUUUGUGCAUUUCCUACGCGGCUUUAUAGAAUAUUUGUAAAUGUUGACAGAGUACAACGCGGGAUGUUCAUAGUUUGCAUUUGUUAGCUUAGCACGAUGACGACACAAAGCACAUGGCCGCUAACAAUGACUUGGUGGAGAAAACCAGCUCGUGAAAGAAUGUGGUACCUUGUAGCCCCAUGUUAUGCUAAGCUAACUUCUUUGCAAACUUUCACUCACAAUUAUUCAAUUUUAAUAUCUAUUUUUGUAAAUACGAGUUGGUAAUAAGUGACAAUUGCCUCAUCCUCACUGUUUGGGCACAGCCAUCACAAUCUUAAAAAUGUCGAAUAGGAAUAUCAAGACAGACAUUGACAAGAACGCGAUGAAGUCGUCGUGACUGAAACGAGCAGCCGGUGGAGAGCGGUCUCUCCCAUAUGUUUAUUUUCUGUCUCUGUUUGUUUGUUUUGCUUGCAUAAUAAAGUAUUUUCCUUAGUAAAAGCAUCAA